AUGGAAAUGUAAACCCUUAUCCCAGUAAACAACUAGAUUGAUUAGAGAGGAGACCAACUCGAGUAAUUAGUAAGGCAGAUGCUUAUUGAUCAAGGAAUUCAAACCCCAAUCAAUCCCAUGAAUGCUCUGAAUAACGUUGAAAAGACUGCUAAGAUAACAAAACUAGUAUCUCAAAUAAUGGAGACAUUAGGUCUUGAUUUAAAUGACGAGUCACUCAGAGAUACUCCAAAAAGAGUAGCAAAGAUGUACGUGAAUGAACUGUUCGAAGGAUUAAGCUCAGAAAGCUUUCCAAAUUGUACGACAUUUGAUAUCAAAGAGAGAAGCAAUGUGACACAAACUAAUAUUCCAUUUACUUCAAUGUGUGAGCAUCAUCUCAUGCCAUUCUAUGGCGUCGCACACAUCUCCUACAGAAGUAAUGGAAGAGUAAUAGGAUUAAGCAAAUUGAACCGCGUGGUAAACUACUUUGCCCGCAGACCACAAGUAUAGGAAAGGCUAACCAAAUAAAUUCACAGAGCACUCUAACUUGUCCUUCAAAGCGAAGAUGUUAGGGUUAUUAUUGAAGCUGAGCAUUUUUGCAUUCAGGCUCGAGGUGUACAAUAAAAGGGAUCCAGGACACAGACUGAAGAAGUAAGCGGAUAGUAUUCUAAUACAAAUCAUAUUCAUAAGUUAUGA